GGCACGGUCCUAAGGAUUCCUUUCCUUUCGAUUCCGUUAUGUUUUGUUUGAUUGGUUUAUUUUUGUUGACGGUAAAAAAGGCUCGGGGCACUCCAGCCCCCCAAUGCCAGAAAGAACCCACAAUCGCAUGGAGUACUCGUGUUUUUGGGAAAAGCUCUUCCAACUAGCCAAACGAUAUACAAUCUCUGAUGACAGCUUAUGAUAGCUGAUGUUGGCUGAUGUUAGCUGAAGAAUGCCGCUGGCUAAUUGGCCAAUCAACAAACUGCCAGCUGCCAAGCCCAAGAAGUUCAAACAAUUAGAAAAAAAAGCCGAGCAGUGGCGGCGAUUGCUCGGGACGGAACAAGACAAACGGAACUAAUGCCAGCCCAAAAGGACCCUCAGAAAUUAAGAAGAAAACGCUCGGCUCGAGUGCAACUUCCGGGUGCAUAAAUGAGAACAAAUACGAGGCCAAGCAGAGCACAGGAAAAGCCAAGAAGUCCUGUCAGCAGCAGCAGCAGCAGCAGCAAGUGCUGGACAGUGGCAGGGAGCAGGGAGCAGGAACCAGUUAGAGCGACAAAUGCUGGACAAACGGAUGUCCAGAUUAGGCCACAAGCAGCCGAAGCAACAGAAGACUAAACAAUAGUUCCAGCAACAAGCUAAACCAUUAAACAAACAGCAAACAAAAACCAAACAAUAUGUGCACAACGGCAGCAUCCGGCGAUGGCGAUGGCGAUGCAUCCACUGACCUCAUCAAGGACGGGGUGGGAAUGAACAGGGGCAGGAGCCGGGCUCCCAGGAUCGGAGUGCCCCCCUCCUGCCAAGGACACCGCUUAAACUUGCGCAUAUUUAAACUUUUGAUUAGCUGCUGCGUUUUAAUGCUCAGCAUUUACACAAAUGCCUGGCACUUGUCCAUCAGUCCCGGCUCCGGCUCCGUCUGGGUCAUGGCCGGCAGCAUCAAGGGACGCGGUGACGCCCAUCGUCUCGAUGAGCUGGGCUCCAUGGCCCACACCGCCUCCUCCUCCUCCUCGCUGAUGUCGGCCUGGCUAACCCAAAGCAAUAACCAUGCAAAUAUCUCCGAGCUACUGGACAAUCUGCUGCGUGGAUAUGACAAUAGCAUACGUCCGGAUUUUGGUGGACCACCAGCCACUGUAGAAGUGGACAUAAUGGUUCGAAGUAUGGGACCAAUAUCAGAAGUCGAUAUGACCUACUCAAUGGAUUGUUAUUUUCGCCAAUCCUGGGUGGAUAAACGUCUCGCAUUCGAAGGCGCCCAGGACACGCUGGCGUUGAGCGUCUCGAUGCUGAAGCGGAUAUGGAAGCCGGAUACGUACUUUUACAAUGGCAAGCAGAGCUAUUUACACACGAUUACCACGCCGAACAAGUUUGUGCGGAUCUACCAGAACGGACGCGUCCUGUACUCCAGCCGUCUGACAAUUAAAGCCGGCUGCCCCAUGAAUCUGGCCGACUUUCCCAUGGACAUACAGAAGUGUCCUCUGAAAUUUGGCUCAUUUGGCUACACCACGUCCGAUGUCAUCUAUCGGUGGAACAAGGAGCGCCCGGCCGUCGCCAUAGCGGAGGACAUGAAGUUGUCCCAGUUCGAUUUGGUCGACUGUCCGGCUGGCAAUUUGACGGAUAUUGUGUAUAAGGCGGCGGCACCGACGCCGCCGCAACGGCCCUACAACAACAAGGACCUGUCCCACGCAGGACGGCCCAAGCCGACCGGCAAGACGCUGACCACAUUCGCGGGACCAGGGGCAAAGAAUCAGCACGUGCGCGGCACCGGACUGAAGCUGGACAAGGGUGCCUUUGGGACGGGACGCGACGCGGCCGGGGCACCGCCCACCAAUGUGGGGAGCAUCACCCUGGAGACGCACCAUCCAUCGGAGUACUCCAUGCUGAUGGUGAACUUUCACCUGCAGCGGCACAUGGGAAACUUCCUCAUCCAGGUGUACGGGCCCUGCUGCCUGCUGGUGGUCCUCAGCUGGGUCUCCUUCUGGCUGAACCGGGAGGCCACCGCGGACAGGGUGUCGCUGGGCAUCACCACGGUGCUGACGAUGACCUUCCUCGGACUGGAGGCGCGCACCGACCUGCCCAAGGUGCCGUAUCCGACGGCCCUUGACUUUUUUGUGUUCCUCUCGUUCGCCUUCAUCUUCGCCACGAUCCUGCAGUUCGCCGUGGUCCACUACUUCACCAAAUAUGGCUCCGGCGAGUGCUACUUCAUCAUCGAGGAGAUGGACUCCGACUCGGCCGAAACGGAGACGGAAGCCCCCUCCGAUUUCCGGGACAGCACCGAGUCCAAGAUCUACGAGGUGAUACCCCUCUCCAUGUGCACCAUCGACAUGCACCCCCCCUCCGCGGGCAGCAGUCGCCUCGGCAUGCUGUCCUCCAAGCGUGGCGCCACACGCAACCGCCGUCACGUACCGUGGACACUAAAGCUCCCCAGCUGCUUCGACUGGCGGCGAAGGAUGACCCCACACACGCACUCGCACUACUCCUCCUCCGACGAGGAGGAGGACGACGAACAGACCCAGCUGAGGGCUCACGAGGCGGGACCCUCCACAUCCGCAGCGGCAGCCGCGGCCGCAGCAGCAGCGGCAGCCGCGGCGGCGGCGGCAACAGCCGCCCAAAGCAGUCCGCCCCAUGUGGGCCGCCGACGGAUGUCCUACUACCGGCGCGAAGAGAUGGAGGCACGCCGCAAGGGUAAGCGCACGCCGCAGUACAACUCCGUCUCGAAGAUCGAUCGCGCCUCGCGCAUCGUCUUCCCGCUGCUGUUCUUCCUGAUCAAUGUGUUCUACUGGUACGGCUACCUGUCCAGGAGCGCCCGCAUCCUGGCCAACACGCAACCGAGCACCUGAUGUUACCUUUUAGCAAUUUAGACAGAGUCCUCGAAGAAAUCUACAAAGCGAUUCAGGAAGCAGACUCAUGAACUAAGAGCUGGAGAUGGAGAUGGAAAUGGAGACGGAGACGGAGAUGCCUAAUGGGUGCCCAUUACGAACACGAACACGAACACGAAUGGUAAUGGUAAUGGUAAUGGGAAUGGAGAUCGGCAGGAGGUUAUUUUGUAUAUCGGUUCAGAUUCAGUUUUCGCUCUUAUUCUGAUUUGCUACAGACAGAAGACAACGCUUUACAACGAUUUCUUUACGCUCUAAAUUGCUAAAGUAAAACCAAACGAAACUAAAACUUACAUAUCAGAGGACUCUCUAUGUAGGCAUUGCAUACUACCACAGAUAUGCACAUAUAUCCUGGGAUAUAUCUGCAUCUGCAUCUGCAUCUGUAUCUGUGUGCCAUGCCAAAUCUGUACAGUUAGCCAAUAAGUUGCUUCUUUCUUUAAUUUAAGCAAUUAAUGUUUUAGUUAAGCACUUUACAAGAACCAGCACAGAGCAGUUUUAGUUAGUU